CUUCAAUCGAGGCCCGAUGACAAGACACAAAAUUGAGCACGCUCCCCUGUAACCACUUGAAGGUUCACUGGUGAUCCCAUGACCUCACCUUUUUUGUCGUAAAUAUCGAAAGCUACCAGUCCACCCCGCGAAUUGAGCCUAGGUUAUGGAUUAUCGCUUGAUGUCAAGACUUGAUGGUUUGGAGGUUGCUUGCACGCUAUUUAAGUUGCCUGUGAUGGCGAACUUUUGCUGCUCUGUUAUGGAGGGAUGGAGAUUGUAGCUAGUACCUGCGCUACGAGGUAUUCUAUCGAGAAACUACAAGACACUAUCGAGGCUUUGCCUACUAUCUACCUAUCUAUCGAUCGAUCGAUAGUCUCCAUAAGGAGGCACAUCCAUCGCCAUGUCCACCCCUUCUGAGAAGAAUACUAUGGGCAUCGCGGUUGAAGAAGUCAGAAAGCCUGAACCUGAGCUUGGGAGUCAAAAUCACAGUUCUCCCAGUCUGGAGGAUCUCAUCGAGGAGGUCCCUCCUGUGGAGGACUCGCCGAGUUUGAUUGAGACGAUUGGGUAUUUGCUUUCUAUUCAAGAUGGCUAUGGACCGCCGGAUUCAACAUGGGAUGUGGAGGAUUUUGAUUAA